AUGGCGGCAGCGGCGGCGCGGUGUCCGGGCGGGCGGUGGGCGCUGUGCUUGUGCCUGUGCGCGGCGCUUCUGCCGCGGCCGGCGCGGGGCCUCACCGACCGCCUCUACUGCGGCCGCCGAGUCUGCUACGAGGUGCUGGGCGUCAGCCGGCAGGCCAGCAAGGCGGAGAUCGCCCGCGCCUACCGGCAGCUGGCCCGGCAGUACCACCCCGACCGCUACCGCGGGGAGCCCGCGGGCGGCGAGGGCGACGAGGGCGGCGGGGCGCAGGCGGCGCACGAGAAGUUCCUGCUCAUCGCCGCCGCUUACGAGACCCUCAAGGAUGAAGAAACACGUAAAGAUUAUGACUACAUGCUGGAUCAUCCUGAAGAGUAUUACAGACAUUAUUACCACUACUACAGCAGGAGACUGGCACCUAAAGUAGAUGUCACAAUAGUGAUCCUAGUUACGGUGUGUGCCAUCUCCGUGUUUCAGUUCUUCAGCUGGUGGAGUAGUUACAAUGAAGCUAUCAACUACUUAGCUUCUGUGCCAAAAUACCGUAUACAAGCUACUGAGAUUGCCAAGCAGCAAGGUUUACUCAACAAGACUAAAGAAAAAGGCAAGAACAGGCGGUCUAAAGAAGAAAUCCGUGAAGAGGAGGAAGAAAUUAUCAAAGACAUUAUUAAAAAUAAAAUAGAUAUAAAGGGUGGUUAUCAAAAGCCCAAGAUAUAUGAUAUCCUUCUAUUUCAGAUCCUUCUUGCUCCUUUUUAUUGGUGCAAAUACAUAGUUUGGUACUGUUGGUGGAUUUAUUGUUUCACUAUUAAAGGGCAAGAGUAUGGUGUGGAAGAGAAGUUGUAUAUCAUACGAAGGUACAUGAAAAUGUCUCAGUCUCAGUUUGACAGCCUGGAAGAUCAUCAAAAAGAGACCUUUCUUGAACGGCAGCUAUGGAUACGAGAAAACUAUGAGGUCUAUAAACGAGAACAAGAGGAGGAGUUAAAGAAGAAGAUGGCCAUGGAUCCCCGGUGGAAGAGAUACCGGAGGUGGAUGAAAAAUGAAGGACCUGGAAGACUGACUUUUAUUGAUGAUUGAAAGUUGCUGAACAAAAUGCGUGCUAAUGCUGAAAAUGAUUCGCAAAACUUUUCAUCACAUCAUUCAGAGUUUUGUCUGCUGUGGCUUAGCAGUGAUUUAAAACUCAGGAACUAUUACAUCAGGCCGAAGCAUAAUACAGGUUUACCAUUUUUAUAAAUCAGGCCUAUUAAACAGGCUCAGCCUAAUGUAUAUAUGCCAUUCACUUGGGGAUAUCAGUGUGGAAUUCAUUAUUCCAAACAAUGUAUUUUUGCUAGAUUCUUCAUAUUCAUCAUCAAUGAAACCAUAACUCUAGCCUUUCUGAAAAUGUUUUUAGUCCAAACCUUGGCACAUCCGGAUUUUCCUCUUUAAACCGAAGGGUUCCUGCAAGUGGACACUGAAAAUGCUUGUAAAGGAUUCCGAACCAAGGACCGUUUUCUGUUUUCCUCUCUUUCCCCCUACUUUUCAAUCUGAUUUCUAAGAUGCCAAAUUGGUUUUUUUUCAUGUAAACAAUAUGGGGAUUAUACAAGACUACUGCUAUUCCUGCUUCACUUGGAAAUGGAUUUUAUUAUUUGUGGGAAUAAAUGAUGCAUGAUUGUUCAUCAUCGUGAUGCAAACAAGCCUUAAUUCUUUGUUCUACAGAGCAAUUCAUGAAAUAGUAUGCUUGGAUAUUUUGUGUUUUUUCAUUUUGUACCUUGGGUUAUACCUGCUUGUUCAGAACAAGUAUACCAGUGAAUAUUAGUCUAUUAAAUGUGACAUUUCUUUCACCAAAGUAUUGGUUAAAGGGAAAAUGACCCUUUUGUUAAAAAGGGCAAUUUUGAUGCCUUAUGUAAAUAAAAGUUUGUAUAUGCAGACUUAA